UGCAAAUGGUAAGAUGUUGAUCCUCUCUCAUGUACUGCACGUUCCUUCAGGCUCUGUGCUUGUGCUACUCGCUGCAAAAUAUCUUGGGCUGGGCCUUAGCAAUCUCGUGCAUCGCGUGCUUCCUGACCCAGCCCACAGCCUCCAGACUCGCCGGCGUCGCGCACCGAGCCGGGAAGCCAUGGAGGAAGCGAAGGCGGCGGCGUACUACGACGAGCUCAACCGCAAGGGCGAGGGCGCCCGCCGCUUCAAGCAGGGCCUUGGCUUCUCCUCCUCCGACCCCCAAACCGCUUCCUUCCCCUCCAAGCCCACCACCACCACCUCCUCCUUCCUCUCCGGCUUCGUCCGCGCCGGCGCCGCCCCCUCCUCGGCGCAACCCCCCAAACCGCCGCCUCCCGAGCCGCCUCGCACAGGCCGUCACUCUCGCUCCCCGUCCCCGUCGCGGCGGCAUCGGACCCGGUCCAGGUCCCCGUCUCGCUCGCGGCGGCACCGGUCUAGGUCGAGGGAGCGGAGGCGCCGGUCCAGGUCCAGGGAGAGGGAGGAUCGCAGGGCCUCUCGCCGCCGUUCCCGGUCUCGUUCUCGAUCACGGCCGCCUUCUCACCGAACCGGAAGAAGCCCGUACUACGAAGACCGGCGGGACCGGCAUGGAGACCGGCGGCGAGACGAUGGUGGCGGCCGCCGUGAGAGCUCGAAGGGGCGCGGUGGCGGGCAGGGAGGUAAAGUGGAUUACUCACGGCUCAUAGAAGGCUAUGAUAGAAUGACCCCAGCUGAGAAAGUGAAAGCAAAGAUGAAGCUUCAGCUUUCAGAGACAGCUUCAAAAGAUUCCACUCUUGGAAAUGCCACUGUGGGGUGGGAAAGGUUUCAAUUCAAUAAGGAUGCUCCACUUGAUGAAGAUGACAAUGGUGUUGAAGUUGCUAAUGAUGAUGCUUCACUGGUGAAGCACAUAGGAAAGAGCUUCCGACUAUCUGCCGUAGAGUCAAAGCAUGAAGAUAUGGUCAGAGAUGCACAUGACAAUGCUAUAUUUGGAGUGCCUACAUAUUCAAUUGUUGAUACUGAAACUACUGGGGUGGAGCUUAAAACCAAUGACGAGAGCGAGAAAGCUGAAGAUGUUGAAACCGAACCUAGCAGUUCCCUCAUUAGUGAUAAACAAUGCAAAGAGGGUCAUGGAGAGAAAGGGCACAGAAAUUACGGCAGCAUCCAAAUGCGUGAAGUUUUAUCUAUGUUCCAUAUAUGCUGUUCUCCUGAAUUUUGACUUGCGAAGUUGUAUAACGAUGAGUCCAUGAUGUGCAGAUCGUUAAGAAGGAAGCCUGAAAUACUCAGUUGACAAUGAUACUUCGAAGCUGAACUAUUUCUUGUAUGUAAUAUUAUCUGUGACAUGCCGUCCCUUUGUAGUUCUAUGACGCCAAUAGCUUAGUUCUGGUGAUUGGAUAGCACCAGGUGCACUAAACUAAUGUAAAAUUUGCCUGUGUUUUAUUUCUUCAAAGUAAUGUAUAGAUUUGUCAAUAUGUUUUCCAUUUGGCCCCUGUUGGUCAUCAGCAAUUUUAUACUCUCUCCAAGUUUAUCCUA